CCGUGACAACAUAAAUAAUUCAGAAGGAGAGGGAGCCAGCCGCCUGUGAAAAAGAGAGACAGAGAGAGAGAGAGAGAGACGGGGGUGAAGGAGAGGCAAGGGAGUGACACAGACGAAGAAAGCAGGUUGAGAAAACAAAUGUCCAAAAAGAGGGACUGUGAGAAAAGAGUCAAACGAUAAGGAGAGAUAGAAAGCAGGAGUGAGGGAGUGAAAAACAGGCCGACGGGGAGAAUGGAACGGUUAGGCUAGAGACCAGAGACCAGAGUCCAGAGACCAGAGACCAGAGACCAGAGUCCAGAGAUCAGAGACCAGAGACCAGAGACCAGAGUCCAGAGUCCAGAGAGAAAAAUAAACUACGAGGGUGAAUCAGGGAAAACUCCAGUCCGGUCAUGGAAGCAGAGCUGGAAGAAGAGGACGGGAGUUUCACUAACAUCUCCCUCGCCGAUGACAGACCUACAGGGGACAGAGGAACUGCAGUCCUGCUCACCAAACAGGACAACGAGGACUUCACCAUGAACUGUCACAUGGAUGGAGACAUGGAGAACCAGGUUGAGAUGGAGGAGAAGACGAGGCUCAUCAACCAGGUGCUGGAGCUACAACACACACUGGAAGAUCUGUCAGCACGUGUGGAUGCGGUCAAAGAGGAGAACCUGAAGUUGAAGUCGGAGAACCAGGUUCUAGGCCAGUACAUCGAGAACCUCAUGUCGGCCUCCAGUGUGUUCCAAACCACCGACAACAAGAGCAAACGGAAGUAACCCACGGCGACCAAGGGGAGUUGAGACCACCUACAAAAGCCUGGUAGCAGGUCUGUUUGUGCCGACACAAACCGUAGGCAUGAUGGCACAGACAGACUGGCACUCAGGCUACCUGCAACAUCUCCUCUCCCAAAUGACAGCAGAGGAGGUAGAAGAUGUUUGUGACCACAGUUCUAGGGACAGAUAUGAGCGUGUUCCAAAUGGCAGAUUAUUUCCUAAGUAGUGCACUAUGUAAUGCACAGAAUGCCAUAAGCUCUGGUUAAAAGUAGUGUACUAUGUAGGGAAUAGGAUGCCAUGAGCUCUGAUUUAAAAGUAGUGUACUAUGUAGAGUAGUCUGAUCCUAGAUCUGUGGUUAGGGGGCAACUUCUAAUUCCAGACCCCAAAAUCCUCCCUCCACUCCAACUACACCCCUAAGAGUCCAGUUUACAUUCUUGUUUGACCUCUUUUUACCCUCCCCCUAACAUAACCCCCCCCCCCCACAUGAUUUAACUGGUUUUAUAAUUCACCUAAUUAUACUGUUUUGUGUUGUCAUGUCAACGGCAUCUCUAAUGAGUUAUGACAUCAGACCUUUUUAUUUUGAUGACUGGUUGGAUGUGGAAGGAAACUGGACUUGUUGGAUAUGAAUAUGGCCAAACUCCUGGCCCCAAAAUAUGAAUCAAACAUAUUGAAUGACAUACAAUAAUAUAAUAACGCAUCCCAUCGACUGUUCUCUCUCAUCUGAUUGGUCAAAAGGUUACUAAGUGUCUUUUUUUUAAAAAUUGUUAAUUUCCACCACUUAUUGAUCAACACAAACAUUAUGAAAUAUGAUUCUGUAUGGUGUAUUUUUUUUUAAGCACUACUAAG